UGCCGUUAGGGUGUAGGUUUUGGUUUUUAGGAGGCACAUUUUGGGGCGCUGUUUUGCUUCCCCUUCGGCGUGCCGUGCGUCCCCGGCCCUUCAGGCGGGUUCGGCAGGUUUUUCCCGCUGUCCUCGCUGAGGAAGCCGUUGGUACCGCCGCGGCCCACUUGGCCUUGUUCCUCCCUCUCGUCUACUACCGGGAUACGGAAGAUACCUUCCCUGCGGUUCCUCCCUCUCAGUCCAUGGCACGGCAGGCAGCUCCCUGGGCGGCAGGGAGACAGAGAAUGGGGGCAGGGAAAAUGCCAUAUAAGAAGGCGACUGCUGGAAAAAGAGCCCCUGCAAAAAGGAAACUUGCUGAAUUAUUUGGUCUGGGAGAGGUUCUAACAGAUACUUCAAGAAAAGAAUGGAAAUUAGGUGUCCCUAUAGGGCAAGGAGGCUUUGGACGCAUAUACCUUGCUGAUGCUAAUUCUUCAAAGCCGGUUGGCAGUGAUGCACCUUACAUUGCAAAAGUGGAACCCAGCCAGAAUGGACCUCUUUUUACUGAGUUAAAGUUCUACAUGCGAGCUGCUAAGCCAGAUGAAAUUCAUGGGUGGACUAAGUCCCAUAAACUGCAGUAUUUAGGUGUACCAAGAUACUGGGGUUCUGGCUUGCAUGAAAAAAAUGGAAACAGUUACCGAUUUAUGGUAAUAGACCGAUUUGGCAGAGAUCUUCAGAAGAUAUAUGAAGAGAAUGGAAAGAAAUUUUCCCAUAAAACUGUGCUGCAGCUAGGCUUGAGAAUACUUGAUAUCCUGGAAUACGUCCAUGAGCAUGAGUAUGUGCAUGGAGACAUCAAGGCCUCAAACCUUCUCCUGAGUUACAAGAACCCUAAUCAGGUGUACUUGGUGGAUUAUGGACUUGCCUACCGAUACUGUCCUGAAGGAGUUCACAAGGUAUAUAAAGAAGAUCCCAAAAGGUGUCAUGAUGGAACUAUUGAAUAUACCAGUAUUGAUGCACACAAGGGUGUAGCACCGUCAAGACGUGGUGAUCUGGAGAUUUUGGGUUACUGUAUGAUUCAUUGGAUUAGUGGCCAUUUACCAUGGGAGGAUAAUUUGAAAGAUCCAGAUUUUGUCAGAGACUCAAAAAUUGGCUGUAGAGAUAUCUCAGUUUUGAUGGACAAAUGCUUUCCUGACAAAAACAAACCAAAUGAAAUAGCCAAAUACAUGGAAAAGGUGAAACUACUGAGCUAUGAAGAGAAACCUGUUUAUCAGCAUUUCCGAGAAAUACUUCUGCAAGGGCUUAAGGCCAUUGGGCAAAAAGAUGAUGGAGUACUUGACUUUGGCUUGUCAGAGAAUGGAGACUUGCAAACAAAACCCACACAAAAGAAAAAGAGAAAGGCAGCAGAUAAAAAGGCAGCAGCUGCAGCCAGUGAGGACACUGAAGCAGAAAUGGAAGUUACAGGAAGCCCGGAAAAAAAGAAACCUACUACUGCUUUUAAUGCGGUAGCUACCAGAACCCGGAAUAUGACCUCACCAAAAUCCAAGAAAGGUACAGAAACCAGAAAGAGAGUCCAGAAGUAAAUAGAUGGAAUAAUAAAUUAAGUUAAUCACUUCUGGGUUUUUGCCAGCUACUAUAGCACUGGAGACUUUUUCUUUCCUUUUUAAAUGAUGAAUCCUAUAAAAACACGACAACUGUUUGUACCUGGUUUUGAAGAAUAAAUGUUGUAUGAAAAUA